ACGAUAAAGUGUGCGUGUCCACGACGUUUGUGCCUCUACAUACAUUUAGGUAAAAUGAGACUAAGGAAAAGCAAACCUGAAAAAACAAAUGCACAAGUCAAUCAGAAACCUUAUAAGGCCAACCAUGCAGAACAAACGCUUGAGCAAGCAAAAGGUCAUAAAAAACUCUAUCUUGCCGCCAUUGCAGUUAUUCUAUUCUUAGCUUGCGUUUCGCUCAUGUUCAGUUCGCAAUAUUCAAUCAGCAGUGUAAUUCUCAGCAAAGAACCUAUCCACAAAGUUUCUCCGAAAAGAAAUUCUAAAAAGCCUAUUGCUGACAAACCAGUUUUGUUCAUAAGAGCAAGUCAAUUUCCGCGAAUUUUGUUCCAUCACGUUAGCAGCGUGUUCCAACGGCUUGGCUACAAAGUCACUUUCAACGGCAAAGACGACUGGGAUGUCAUGUGGACGCACAGCGACCCUUUCGACGAGUUUCCACCCGAUAAGUUAAAGGCACACCAGCUUGUAAAUAAAGUUCCUGGAAUACGCUUCCUCACCUCCAAAUUGCACCUUGCCAUAGCCGGCGGACCUGGAAUACCACCCUCCUUUCAGUUGCUGGAAGACAAAGAGAAGUUUCUCAAAUACGUGGAGGAAAAUCCAAAAGACAAAUUUUUAGUUAAAGGAAAUGCGCACGGCAUGGUCAAGCUUCAACCGUUCAACGAGAUCAACCUCCACUUCAAUUCCAGAACGACAUUUAUUCAAAAAUUUAUCGAUAACCCUCUCUUGAUUGACGGUCACUUCUUCGAUUUCGGCGUGUAUGUGAUCGUCACCUCUGUGAACCCAUUGAGAGUUUAUCGGCUUGAAAAUGAUUUAGGCUACAGAUUUUGCAAGGAGCCGUACCACCCACUUGACGCCGACAAUCCAGCUCAGUAUGUGGUCGGAGAUUUCAAUUUCUGGCCCAGCGUCGAGUUUCCGGCAUCAAAAAAGUACUUGGAUUCGUCAUACAGCUUCAAAAAUGCCCUUGACGCAAACAUUGAAGAGGCUGGCAAGGACCCGAAACGCAUGUGGGAACAAGUGGACCAGUUGAUCAUUCAGGCGUUUCUUCACCGAGAGAAAACUAUUUUAUCUGUCUUCAAAGGCGCGAAGCAUAAGCGGAAUUUUUUCGAACUGGUGCAGUUCGAUUUUAUAGUGGACGAAAACCUCAAUGUUUACUUGACAGAAGUGAACAUGUCUCCGAAUCUCUCGUCGGCUCAGUAUCCGCCGUACGCCAUAAAAUACGAGCAAGUUCUUUUUAGUCUGCUCUCGUUGGUGGGGCUUGCCAGUUUCAUCCACCCACCGCAUCAAAACGAGCAAAUGGCCAAAGAUAUGACCGUGGCCAAUCGGAACAUCAUGGUUUAUCGUGAUGUUUGCGUAGAAUGCAACGACUGCAGCAAAUUCGAGUGCAAAUUGUGCGUGACAUGCUUGGAGGAUGAUUUCGCUGAGGAUUUGAAAAUGGCUUAUAAGGAAAAUAUGAACAAGUAUGAAGCGAAAAGGUUAUUUCCUCCUAAAAUGACACAGGAGGAAGCAAAAUUUGGGAUUCCUACAGAAUAUUCAAAUCUUUCUGAGAAAAAUAUGUUGCAGUUUAGAUGGUACCAGGGAAAGUGUUUGGUCGAUGAUAGCUGGUGUUAGAGCAACAGUUUUCGUCGUGCGAAGAAUGAGCGCCUAUAUAAAUAUAAUGAUUGAAUUUUUCGGUCUGUAAUUUUUCUUGGUAUAUAAAGAGUAAAAUUUCAAACUUUU